ACCGUCACUCACAUGGAUCGUUUCCGGGGAGUGUGUGCAGCUCUGUGGCCGUGGUGCUCUUGAACAGACCACUGGUUUUCAGUCCCGGGUAAAUGUCUGCUGAUACAGCGCCACAAGUUCCUUAACUGGUUCUGUUAGUUCAAUAAUCAACACACAUUUAAUUCAGCGUAGGUCAUUGGAGCUUUUGUGUAUUCCUGAAAAGUCCGUUUGUUUUAGUAGCUGUUAACUGUUGCAGCUAACGUUAGCGGUUGAUAGCUCCGGUCUGCAUCUGGAGCAGAGCAGAGACACAGGAGGGAUGUCGCGCGGUGAGCUGGAGGAGCUGGACCCGGCUGUCUUCCAGGAGCAGCUGCACAAUCUUCAGGUUAGCAUGGACGAGAGAGGGGAUAGUAAUCUGUGCAUUGACACGGACUCGGACACAGCAGAGAGGAAGGAUGGUAGCAAGUGCAAAGUCAAAUGGACUCUGGAAGAGGAUGAAAAUCUAAAAAUCCUCAUCAGCAACUUUGGGAAGAAAGAUUGGAAAACGAUUGCCAGUUUUUUGCCCGGACGCACAGAAUUCCAGUGUUUGCACCGCUGGAAAAAGCACCUGGAUCCUGAUUUAGUCAAAGGUUUCUGGUCCAAAGAGGAAGAUGAAAAGAUAGUAGAGCUGGUGGGCAGGUACGGCACUAAACACUGGUCUUUGAUUGCCAAGCACUUGAAGGGGCGGAUGGGGAAACAGUGUCGUGAGCGCUGGCACAACCACCUCGAUCCACUGGUCAAAAAGAGCUCCUGGACCAACGAGGAAGACCUGAUCAUCUACAAAGCCCACUCUAUUAUGGGGAACCGCUGGGCUGAGAUUGCUAAGCUGCUCCCUGGAAGGACAGACAAUUCAGUGAAAAAUCACUGGAACUGCUCCAUCAAACGUAAAGCAGAGUUGGGCUUGUACAAAGACGACGCUGACAGCAUUUCCCUUGAUAUUCAGCAGUUUGUGGAAGGAGAGGUGGACUUCAAGUGUGACGUUGUGAUAGACACUGAACCCGUCACUCCUAUAGUGGUCAGGCCAAAGAAAGAGAAGAAGCAGAAGGAACCUCCGACAGCCAAAGGGAAGAUGGCUUUUCAGCUUUCACAGACCUUAGCAUCCAGGAGAGAGUUCUCUUCCCCCAGUCCCUCGUUGCCCCCCAGUUCAAGUUCCAGCCCCAGCUCCAGCUCAGGUGCUGCUCCAGCUGGCCCAGUGGACCAGAAAAAGCUUGUUGAUGCAGCACUAAGGAUGAUCGCAGAGGACAUGCUGCCACUCAGUUUUGUUGAAGGUGCAGGCUUUAGGUCCUUCAUGAGUACCAUCAGCCCUGAAUACAACAAGCUCUCCCCGCGUGUCAUGGGCCUCCAGCUGUAUGACGACGUGGAGAGAACCAUAAAGCCUCAGCUCAUCCGUGACCUUAAAGCCUGCCUUGCCACAACCAAAGAUGGUGAGAGCGCCAUUCAUGUCACCAUUGACCUGUGGGCAGGGGAUCAGUCCCAUCCAGUGGAGGAGCCCAUCGUCGUCGUGCAGCUCCACUUUGUCAGUGACUCCUGGCAGAUCCGCCGUCCCGUUGUGGCCUUCCGUCACCUCGCCCACAAAGAUCUCAGCGCGGCUGUGGCCAGGGAGCUCGAAGGUGUGCUGCUGAGCUACGGCAUCUUUUCUCGCAGCAUUGGCUACGUCCUCGCCAAUCAAGCCAAAGAAACCCUGGCUGGGAACAACUUGUUCUGCGACUACAAGAUCAUGUGUUCAUCCAACAGAGGAGAAGCAGAUGGAGAUGAGAUCGUGGCAUUUCUAUCAGACCAGACGUCUGAAGCAGAGUCCCCGUUUUCAGAGCUGCAGAUUGGGACCAGGACCGGCUGUGUGGCCAACACGCUGCAGCUUGUGAUUAAGGACGCACUGAAGAACUCCAGGGUUGUGGAAAACCUGCUGUCACAGGUCCACAAUGUGGUGGCUUUCUUCAGGAGCAGCGCCUACUGGAGCGAGGUUCUGCUGAAGGAGUGCAACGUGUCCCUGUGCCCGUCCUCCAGUAACUGUCGCUGGAACUCCAUGAUACUGUCUUUACGCCGUAUGGUGCAGGAGUCUGCCUGGAGCGCCAUCAUGACUCUUCUGGCCCAGGCUCGCAUAGAGGCUAACGACACAGCCAGCGCCCCGCCUCUGGUCAUGGUCAAGAGGGAGCAAGUGAUCGACAUCCUCAGUCUGCUGGAGCCCUUUGGUGAAGCCCUGCAGGUGCUGCAAGGAAACGGACUGACCAUCUCUUUCAUCAUACCUUCCCUCGUUGGCCUUGAUAAGACUCUUGAGAGCCUUGUCACCAACUACACCCACUUCAGCAAGGCCCUGCGCACAGGCCUCCACACACACUUCCAGUCCCUGAUUCAACAGAAGGACAUGGUACUAGCUGCUGUGCUCGACCCCAGGAUCAAACUCCAGCCGUUUUCUGAUGCCAAACUCGAGGACCAGACAGGUUUCCUGACACCUCUGUCAAAGAAUCAGGCCCGCGCCAUCUUGGAAGCCACAUUAGGAAGCACGGAGGCCUCAGCAUCUCCGUCGGUAGAGGCAGAUAAAGACCAGAUAUGCAAGGAGUUGAAAAAGGAGCAGGAUGGUGAAGAGGAGAGCCAAGCCAACGCACCGAUGGAAACAUCUGGUGGAAGCUCAGACGACAACAAUUGCGACGGAGUCGGCGGAAACGACCUCAAGCGCAAAUCCAUCUUUAACUUCCUCCAGCCAGCUGCAAAGACCCUGAAGAUGUCCGAGAUUGAUGUGUAUUUAUUAGAACCACUGUGGGAAAGCAACAACAGUUUGUUGUACUGGAAAUCUGCUACUCGGUUCCCUCGGCUCCAGGGCCUCGCCAAGAAGCUGCUGGCAAUACCGGCCACCUCCGGGGGCUUCGACCGGCUGUGUCCGAUGGCAGCGUGCAUUGUGAGAGCCAAGAGGAACCGCCUGCCACCUCAUACCACAGAGAGACUGCUUCUGUACAAAAACUACUUAAAAACAAAGACUGUUAAAAAGCCCAGUGGGGCUAAACAUUGAUAGGUCAAAUGACAGUUGACUAACCCAAAAGAUCUCCACACUUGUCACAUUGCAUUAAACAUAAACUCAGCACCCUCACUUACUAUGAAUUGCACUUUCACACCCAACUGACACCGUCCCCAUGACUUUUCCCCCUUGACUAAAUUUCUUAAUUAGAUAAAACUAACUGAAUUAUCAUCGUUUCUACCUUGCAGUAUAAUUAACAUCAGCAAAAUAUAUUGGAAGUAUAUUAAAAAUGAGGACAAUCUACUCAGAUCCUUUUUGUAUGAAAACAAACACAGUGGCAACCAGCAGGACAACUGUAGCUGCAGACGACUGCAAGUGUUCAGAGUAAAAGGCAGAUUUUCUUUGUCCUUCACGUUAAAUUUCCAAAAAGAUUAUAUGGUAGACUUGUUGUAUUUGAGCAUAAUUCAACGCUGUAAAAAAAUUAAUCUUAAAUAUGAAUUAUGAUGCCUUUUAAAAAGAAAUGCAGUCCAGAUUAGUGAACAGCAGCCUCAUCACAGACAAAGGAGACAAAGAAGCACCUGUGGUCAGUCCUAUAGAAUAAACAAUCUGUCUCUGUGACUCGAACUGGGUGUAUUAAGAAAAGGAAGCAGUCAACGUUAGUGAAACAAUUUAACGAUGCUACAAUGAAAGUGCUUUAACAUCACUACACAUUUCCCUCAAUGCAGAAAUGUAAUAUUUAUUACUGAACAGAUAUACCGUUUAGAGGGCUGUUUAGUGCCUAAAGGUUUAAGUUACUGGAAAUGAACUGUACAUUUUUGUAAGCUGUAUUUUUGUGUGUAAUUUAUUUGUUUUGUAUGCUGUACACAUCGACAUGUUGAAGUGCAGAUGGACUGUGUGUCGGGUCGCUUGGCAGUAAAUUGAUUGAGACUCGGCACCUUUUCAGCUUUUUAUUAGUCUUUUACAAUGUGUUUAUAUUUUUUAUUUUGAUUGAUCAGUGAUACUUUACGUUGUUGCAAUGAAUCUCAGGAGCCUUAAUGAUUUAUCAACUAUUGUUGCUCUUAACUUGUAAUGUGUGAUGGGGGUUGGUGGUCACUCUGGGUCUUAGUUUGACAUUAUAAGACUGUUCACAUUGAAUGACAGCUAAAUGAUUUUAGUGCAGUGGUCCUUGUGUCUCCACGUGGAAAUAUCCAGAGAAUGUACUUUAUUAUAUUAUUAAAAAAUAAAGCUAUUUUCUCUACAGUUCCUGUA